CCUCCCCCACAAGAAGAAAACAAGCAAGCCUCGGCCAACGCAGCCGUCAACAUCCUACAAGAAAUCUCAGAGAUUCUCAACUGCCACCUCGACCGUAGGGAACUAUCAAUAUGCAUCUCCCUGAUCGAGCGGGGUGUCAACCCCGAGGCCCUAGCUACAACGAUCAAGGAGCUGAGGAACGGCGCGCAGGAGGCCAAAAUCGAGCUUGAGGCA